CACAUAAGCCUGUGAAAUCUCUGCCGCACUGGCCCUUCUCCAGCGUGGUGUCUGUGUCUGAGGCAGGUGUGCGGAGUGGGAGACCAGUAGAUGAACACAUACACCGUGUCUCUGUGUGUGCAGGCGGCAUAGUUUUUGUGAGUGGAGAAGCUGCAGGUGUGAUCAAGACUCCAUCUACCCUUAGGGAUGAGGGGGCUGAAUGUUGCCUUUUCUCGGCCUGAUGUUUAUGGAUGCUUGUCUUGGAGUGCUGGUGCCAAUGCCACCUGGGGUGCAGCAGGGAGCAGACUGGUUCUGGGGAGAUGUGUGAGAGACUGGCUGGAAACCCCAGCCCCUUCCCCUCCCUGCUGGAUCUGGGGCGGCUUCUCUGCUGUUCAGGACGGCAGGGACUCUGAUCACAGCACGCUUGAAGCCCAGCGUGCAGCCCCCACUGGCCUGCACCCCCUAGUUACACACCACUCCACACACAGGGUGGAGGAGGUCUGGUCUGUUCUAGUGUUUUCCCUCAGCCGGUUCUGUGAUACCCACUUGCCCCACCCCCAGCCCCUAGCGCUUACCUUCUUUGUAGGGAUAAGAAAGGCACUGGACAUUCCUCUGCUCUUGGAGUCCAGGAGAGAGGCUCCACCCACCCUGCAGGCUCUUAGCUAGUCCUCCAUAUCCUUAACCCUCUAGAGGUUCUAAUGAGAAAACAUCCUACUAAAUGUGAUGGGAUAGCCCAAGGCUAGGAAUUUAGGUCUUACUGGAGAAGUCAGAUGACAGGGUCAGGCAUUGGUCCCCACUCCUAUCUGGCUAAACCACAAGGUGGGGAGAAAGAGUUGGAGGUGUGCAGACUGCCCCAUUAGUCUGGUUUGCUGCUCUUCCCUUCCCUGCUCAGUUUUUUGCUUCUCUCUAGGAAGAAUGUGUGCUUGUGUGGGCAGUUACAUUUAGUUUUGUUCACUUUGAGAGGCUCCCAUCUCUUUUCAACAAAUUAAAUAUUUAUUCAGGCUAAGGUGGAGUGGGAAGUGACACUGGCCUCCACGGCGAGGCCUGGAAUGCAUGGUGGGGUGUGUGGAGCUGAAAACCCUUUAUCGUCUAUGCUGACCUCUGGUUUCAUCCGAAAGAGCAGUGACCAGGAGUGGGGACAGGAGGGUAAAGUCCUCAAGCUGGAAUACUGACUGACCCGUGACAGGCAGAGAGGGAUUUCGCAAGUUCUUCUGUGGAGAGUGGGGGCGGAGCUGCUGAAAGAGUCAGAGCCCAGCCCAGCUCAGCAGUGGGCUGAGGUGUCCCGCCUCCUGCGGCAGCUCUGCUUGAAAUUCAGAGCCUGGCGCCUCCGCUCACACUGACCCUCCAGCUCCUGCUCUCUCUCCACCUGUCACAGCGCCCAGUCCAUAGGAUGCUCCAGACAUUGUAUGACCACUUCUGGUGGGACCGACUAUGGCUGCCCGUGAACCUAACCUGGGCUGAUCUAGAAGACAGAGAUGGACGUGUCUAUGCCAAAGCCUCAGACCUCUACAUCACACUUCCCCUGGCCCUGGUCUUUCUCGUCAUUCGAUACUUCUUUGAGCUUUAUGUGGCUACACCUCUGGCUGCCCUCCUGAAUGUUAAGGAGAAAACCCGACUCCGGGCCCCUCCCAAUGUCACCUUAGAGCAUUUCUACCUGACCAGCGGCAAGCAGCCCAAGCAGGUGGAGGUAGAGCUUUUGUCUCGGCAGAGCGGGCUCUCUAGCCGCCAGAUAGAACGCUGGUUCCGCCGCCGCCGCAACCAGGACAGGCCCAGCCUUCUCAAGAAGUUCCGAGAAGCCAGUUGGAGAUUCACAUUUUACCUAAUUGCCUUUAUUGCUGGCGUGGCUGUCAUCAUGGAUAAACCCUGGUUCUAUGACUUGAGGAAAGUUUGGGAGGGAUACCCCAUACAGAGCAUCGUCCCUUCUCAGUAUUGGUACUACAUGAUUGAACUCUCCUUCUACUGGUCCCUGCUCUUCAGCAUUGCCUCUGACGUCAAGCGGAAGGAUUUUAAGGAACAGAUCAUUCACCAUGUGGCCACCAUCAUUCUCCUCAGCUUCUCCUGGUUUGCCAACUACGUCCGAGCAGGGACUCUCGUCUUGGCUCUGCAUGACUCCUCUGACUACCUGCUGGAGUCUGCCAAGAUGUUUAACUACGCGGGAUGGAAGAACACCUGCAAUAACCUGUUCAUUGUCUUCGCCAUCGUUUUCAUCAUGACGCGACUGGUCAUCAUGCCCUUCUGGAUCCUACACUGCACACUGGUAUACCCCCUGGAGCUCUACCCUGCCUUCUUUGGCUAUUACUUCUUCAAUGCCAUGAUGGCAGUGCUACAGAUGCUGCAUAUCUUCUGGGCCUACUUCAUCCUGCGCAUGGCCCACAAGUUCAUAACUGGAAAGCUGGUAGAAGAUGAACGCAGUGACCGAGAAGAAACAGAGAGCUCAGACGGGGAGGAGGCUGCAGCUGGGGCAGGAGCAAAGAGUCAGCUCCUAGCUAAUGGCCACCCCAUCCUCAAUAACAAUCAUCCUAAGAAUGACUGAACCAUUGUCCUAGCUGCCUCCCACAUUAAUACAUGAAGCCAAGAAACUAGCCAGCCAUCCCUGUAGGGACACCUGAGCUCCGGGAAGAAAGGGCGUAAGGAGAGGAGUCUACAUGACUCUCUUACUCUUUUGUCACCUAACUGUAACCAGCCUAUCUCAGGGAGAGAAGGUUGGUCAUAUCCUCUGCUAGAGAGGGGAAUGGUCUGACUUCCCUCUCUGUUUUCCAGGCUACCCUUUCUUAUGCUUUCUGAAAACCUUUCUCCACUCUGAGGGUUGGAGUUAAAACUCACAUUCCUUAUUCUGAAGAAUUUGGAGCUGUUUGCCUUUGACUCCCUGACUUUAAGCCAGGGUUGUGCCUUACUGUCCCAUCUCUGGGCCUCAUUCUGCCAAAGCUGGACCAAGGUUCCACCUUUCUAAGCACCCUAGCUCAAGCCAAAAAUGAAAGCUGAGCUACUUUUAACUUUUUCUCCUUUAUAACAAGUUAACUAAGUGAAGGAGGGUACACAUGCCCCUCACCCUGCCCCAGGGACCACAGUUCCAGGAUGUCACUGCCUCCUUUCUCUGGCCUUUCUUUCCCCUCCCUCCAGCUAAGACAAGCUGGCGUGGAGUAGAACGGCAACUAGUUCUCUUAUUUAUUGAACAUUUGGAGUUUCAGUUAUAAAGCCAGAACUACAGCUAGGACCUGGCAUUAUGGCGAGGGACCAUUUCAGACCAAAAUGUACUGUUAAUGGUUUUUUUUAAUUAAAGUAUAUUAAAGGUUAAAUAAAACAUGA